AUGAGUGGCGCCAUUAACGAUGCCACCUCGCCUUCCGCCUUCUCUGACAAAUCGGCGAAGAUCUUCGUCGCCGGUCACCGCGGACUUGUCGGCUCCGCCAUCGUCCGCAAGCUCCAAACCCUAGGGUUCACCAACCUCGUCCUCCGUGGCCAUGCCGAGCUGGACCUCACUCGCCAAAACGACGUCGAGUCCUUCUUCGCCGUCGAAAAGCCCCAAUUCGUCAUCCUCGCGGCGGCAAAAGUUGGCGGCAUUCACGCCAACAGCACAUACCCGGCAGAUUUCAUCGCCGUGAAUCUCCAGAUCCAGACCAAUGUGAUCGACGUCUCGUACCGAUUCGGAGUGAAGAAGCUCUUGUUUCUCGGCUCCUCUUGUAUUUACCCCAAGUUCGCUCCACAACCUAUCCCCGAAAGCGCAUUGUUAACGGGCCCUCUGGAGCCCACAAAUGAGUGGUAUGCGAUUGCCAAGAUCGCCGGGAUCAAGAUGUGCCAGGCUUACCGGAUUCAGUACAAUUGGGAUGCGAUUUCUGGGAUGCCCACCAAUUUGUAUGGGCCACAUGACAACUUUCACCCUGAGAAUUCCCACGUUUUGCCGGCAUUGAUGAGGCGGUUUCACGAGGCGAAGGUAAAGGGUGCGAAGGAGGUGGUGGUGUGGGGGUCUGGAAGCCCCUUGAGGGAGUUUUUGCACGUUGACGACUUAGCGGAUGGGGUUGUGUUCUUGAUGGAGAGUUAUAGUGGGCUAGAGCAUGUCAAUGUGGGUAGUGGCAAGGAGGUGACUAUCAAGGAGUUGGCUGAGUUGGUGAAGGAAGUGGUUGGGUUUGAGGGUGAGCUUGUUUGGGACUCUUCCAAGCCUGAUGGAACUCCAAGGAAGCUCAUGGAUAGCUCGAAGCUGGCAGGGUUGGGUUGGACCCCAAAGAUCUCUCUCAAGGAUGGUCUAGUUGAUACCUAUAAGUGGUACUUGGAGAAUGUCAAGCAAUGA